UUAAUUUCACAAAACAGCAAGCUUCAGGAAAGAAGCUCCGCGCAUCAUGCCUCGGCCAGUGUCUUCGCCGCCUCCACUCGUCGAUCUUCAUAAGGGCGACUGGCUAGAUGUUAUGGACCGCGACGGCAUCUGGAGCGUGGCGCGCGUACUGAGCGUCCCGUCGCCCGAAGAGCUGGAGAUCACGUACGACGGGUGGCCCUCUGACUAUGACGAAGUCGUGGAAGUGGACAGUGACCGCGUAGCACCAUACCACACGUUCACAUGGGUCGUCAAGUGCUGGAUCAAGCACCUAAACUGGCCUAUGUGGCCAGGCGUGGUCACUGUUCGGUCCCUUGGCACCGAGGCAGGGAUGAGGAACUUAAACAAGGAGAACCGCCUGCAGUUGGACUUCAUGGACAGCAGUAGCUUCACCAGAAGAGCGCGCUGUUGGCUGUUAAAGGGCCACGUCAAACCUUUUGACGAGAAACACGACAAGAGACGACAGGGCUCCAAUUGAAAUCAGUUUGAACAAGCCUACGGGUUUGUGCUGCAGUCUAGUGCCGACGAUGCUCUGCCGAAAUUUGUCCCCAGGGGUACUUUACCCUUAAAGCACAAGGAGGCGCCUGUGGAAUCCGUAGAGGCGAAGCGGAAAGAAUUGGGAGAUGAAGAAUGGUUUGCACGUUUUGCGAAGAAUCAAGAGCUUCACUACCAAACGCACCAGUACAUUACACUCGACGGCGAUGGAGAUGAAACCGCUAGUGUUGAGUCAGUGGAUGUAGAAGAUCUGCACCUGGAAACUACCGCAACAAAGUUUGAGCAGAAGACGGUAAAUCGAAAGGUUGCAAAGCCGAAAAAGGAGAACCAGACAACAACCUCAAAACAGCAGACGAAAACGAGUGCGAGGAAGAGAACGCCAAGGGUCGAGGAAGGAAAAAUGACAGAGAAUUCGAACAGGUCGAAGCUGUCCACAGCGGUGAAACUAGAGGAGAACUCUUCUGUUUCGAGUGAAGAAGAAGGAGAGACGACAGAGAAGCCGAAGAGACCAAAGUUAUCCACAAGGGUGGGGCAGAAGAAAACGAAGGGGAAGAGAACCAAGCUAAAAACGGUGAAACGAGCAAAAGCUCUACCUAUCAGCAGCAACCGACGCCUUCUAUGUGUAAAAAAGUAGUUUAGAUUGCGCUUGUUGUUAGUUGUUUUAACCUGGAUCGAAGUUUGGAACAAACACGGGGAAGCUCAGGAUUCAAUAUGAAUGCCAUCCAACGGCACGGUUCAUUUGGGUUGUUCGGAACCAAAUAAACGGGGUCAAAUUUUGGGUCGUAAUAAAAUAAGCUUGGAUGGCAUUCAGACGAAAAAAAAACC